ACUACAUGAAACUCAAAGACACAUACUAUUAUAUAUGUACAUGUAUUUAAGCAAAUCAUUCCAAUUUCAAUUUACUUUCAACAAGUGUAGACCAUAGGAUUUCUGUGUUCUGCUCUCUCUUGCUCUCAUUCUGUCACACUAAUAUACAUGUCUAGUUUAGUACACAUUUCAUGUACUGUCAUUCUUGUUUUUCUUCUGCUAGUUGUUGAUGUAAGCCUCACAGAAUGCCACACCAAGGGACUCAGGCCCAGGAGAUUCUCCAGGGGGAAGCAAUUAGCAGCUAAUAUGACACAAACCCAAUACUCAGAACAACAAUUCUUGAAAUGGGUCAAGUUUGUUGGCACUCUUAAGCAUUCUGUUUUUGCUUCAGCCAAUAAUAAGCUCUUCCCUUCAUUCACUCUCACUGUUGAUAGAAAUCCGGCUACCGGAGAUUUUACGUCGAUUCAAGAGGCCAUUGAUUCCCUCCCUUUUAUUAAUCUUGUCAGAGUUGUGAUCAAGGUUCAUGCAGGAGUUUACACGGAAAAGGUUAAUAUCCCUCCACUAAAAUCAUUUAUAACUAUACAAGGAGCAGGAGCAGAUAAAACAAUAGUGCAAUGGGGAGAUACGGCUAAAACACUUGGGCCAAGAGGGCAGCCUCUAGGGACAUUUGCCUCUGCUAGCUUUGCUGUCAAUUCCCCUUAUUUUAUAGCCAAGAACAUCACAUUCAAAAACACAACGCCAGUGCCUGCGCAAGGAUCUAUGGGAGUACAAGCAGUAGCAUUUAGAAUAUCAGCAGAUACUGCAGCAUUUGUGGGCUGUAAAUUCUUGGGGGCUCAGGACACGUUGUAUGAUCAUUUGGGCAGGCAUUAUUACAAAGACUGCUACAUUGAAGGCUCCGUCGACUUCAUCUUUGGCAAUGGUCUCUCUCUAUUUGAGGGAUGUCAUGUGCACGCGGUAGCACCAAAGUUGGGGGCACUAACAGCACAAGGUCGGGGAAGCCUAUUGGAAGACACAGGCUUUUCAUUCCUUAAAUGCAAGGUGACCGGCUCUGGGGCAUUGUACCUAGGGAGAGCUUGGGGUCCUUUCUCUAGAGUUGUUUUCGCCUACACUUAUAUGGACAACAUUAUCAUUCCUAAAGGCUGGUAUAACUGGGGUGAUCCUGCCCGAGAGAUGACAGUGUAUUAUGGGCAAUACAAGUGCAGUGGACCAGGGGCUAAUUUUGCAGGAAGAGUGUCAUGGUCCAGAGAACUUAGUGAUGAGGAAGCUAAGCCUUUUAUUUCACUUAGCUUCAUUGAUGGCUCUGAAUGGAUCAGAAUCUAAUUAUAAUCAUCCAUACUAAAUGAUUUAUUCUCUUCUGAUGUAAUUAUUACAAAUUCUGAUGACUGAAAAGAAGUCUAAUAAUUAACAACAUAUCACAUAUGAUAUAGCUGAGCAACAGAGGUGUUUCCACUUAAA